AGCGGAGCCGAGCCGGGGCUCGCCGCCGCACUCGGGCGAGGGCUGCGGAGGCAUGAGAGGCCGGCGGGGCUGAGCCGAGUCGCGCCGCGCCGGGGGCCAGGGCGGAGAGGGGGCUGCGGGGAGCGCCCGGCCCCGCAUUUCCAUGGUGCCGGGGGCUGCGUGGAUCCCCCCGCCGUGAGCCGGGAGCCGGCACCCGGGAGGCGGGCGGCACCGGAGCUGCGAGGGCUGAACCAUGUGAGGGACAUUGCCGGGGCUCAGGACACGCAAGGGGAACACGGAGUUUGCCUUUCCCAGGAUGGAUCAGAGGAGGAACUGGCCUCGGGCACUGGACUCUGAUGGCUGGUCAGUGGCUUUGCUCUGUCUCUUCCUGGCAUCUCUCUCCCGAAACGUGUCCAGCAAUGCCUUGUUCAGCACUUUCCACUCCGAGAACCGGGACUGGACGUUCAACCACCUGACUGUGCACCAAGGCACCGGCGCAGUCUACGUUGGGGCUAUCAACAGGGUUUACAAGCUCUCGGGCAACCUGACCAUUUUGGUGGCUCACAAAACCGGUCCCGAGGAGGACAACAAAUCCUGCUACCCACCCCUCAUCGUCCAGCCGUGCAGCGAGAUCCUCACCCUCACCAACAACGUCAACAAGCUGCUCAUCAUCGACUACUCGGAGAACCGGCUGCUGGCCUGUGGCAGCCUCUACCAGGGGGUCUGCAAGCUGCUGCGCCUCGACGACCUCUUCAUCCUGGUGGAGCCCUCCCACAAGAAGGAGCACUACCUCUCCAGCGUCAACAAGACGGGCACCAUGUACGGCGUGAUCGUGCGCUCCGAGGGCGAGGACGGGAAGCUCUUCAUCGGCACGGCCGUGGAUGGGAAGCAGGAUUAUUUCCCCACCCUCUCCAGCCGCAAACUGCCCCGGGACCCGGAGUCAUCGGCGAUGUUGGAUUAUGAGCUCCACAGCGACUUUGUCUCGUCCCUCAUCAAAAUCCCCUCGGACACCCUGGCCCUCGUUUCGCACUUUGACAUCUUCUACAUCUACGGCUUCGCCAGCGGCAACUUUGUGUAUUUUCUGACUGUGCAGCCAGAGACCCCCGAGGGCGUCUCCAUCAACUCUGCCAGCGACCUCUUUUACACCUCCCGCAUCGUCCGGCUCUGCAAGGACGACCCCAAGUUCCACUCCUAUGUGUCUCUGCCCUUCGGCUGCGUCAAGGGGGACACGGAGUAUCGCCUGCUGCAGGCAGCGUACCUCUCCAAGCCGGGGGACGUGCUGGCCAGGUCCCUCAACAUCACUGCCCAGGAGGACGUCCUCUUUGCCAUCUUCUCCAAGGGGCAGAAGCAGUACCACCAGCCGCCCGACGACUCCGCGCUCUGCGUCUUCCCCAUCCGCGCCGUCAACGCCCAGAUCAAGGACCGCCUGCAGUCCUGCUACCAGGGGGAGGGCAACCUGGAGCUCAACUGGCUGCUGGGGAAGGAUGUCCAGUGCACUAAAGCGCCAGUCCCCAUCGAUGACAACUUCUGUGGGCUCGACAUCAACCAGCCCCUGGGGGGCUCGACGCCGGUGGACGGGGUGACGCUCUUCACCUCCAGCCGCGACAGGAUGACGUCCGUGGCCUCCUACGUCUACAACGGCUACAGUGUGGUGUUCGUGGGCACCAAGAGUGGCAAGCUGAAGAAGAUCCGAGCAGAUGGUCCUCCCCAUGGUGGAAUUCAGUAUGAAGUGGUGACAGUUUUCAAGGACGGGAGCCCAGUGCUUCGAGACAUGGCCUUCUCCAUCGACCACAAGUACCUGUACGUCAUGUCAGAGCGACAGGUGUCCCGGGUGCCCGUGGAGUCCUGUGAGCAGUACACGACCUGCGGGGAGUGCCUGAGCUCGGGGGACCCCCACUGUGGCUGGUGCUCCCUCCACCACAUGUGCUCCCCGAGGGACAGCUGUGAGCGAGCCCACGAGCCCUUCCGCUUCGCAGGCAGCAUCAGCCAGUGCAUGAGCGUCACGGUGCAGCCCAGCAGCAUCUCCGUGUCCGAGCACAGCCUCCCGCUCAGCCUGCUGGUGAGUGAUGCUCCAGACCUGACAGCCGGGGUCACCUGCCUCUUUGGGAACCUGACGGAGGUGGAGGGGCAGGUUUCGGGCAGCCAGGUGGUGUGUGUGUCACCACCAGCCAAAGAUGUUCCUGCCAUCCCCGUGGAUCAAGACUGGUUCGGGGUCGUGCUCCAGCUGAGGUCGCAGGAGACGGGGAGGACGUUCGUCAGCACAGAGUUCAAGUUCUACAACUGCAGCGCCCACCAGCUGUGCCUGUCCUGUGUGAACAGCGCCUUCCGCUGCCACUGGUGCAAGUACAGGAACCUCUGCACCCACGACCCCACCACGUGCUCCUUCCAGGAGGGGAGGAUCAACGUCUCUGAGGACUGUCCCCAGCUCUUCCCCACGGAGGAGAUCCUGAUCCCGGUGGGAGAGGUGAAACCCAUCACGCUGAAGGCGAGGAACCUGCCGCAGCCGCAGUCGGGGCAGCGCGGGUACGAGUGUGUGCUCAGCAUCCAGGGCAUCAUCCACCGCGUGCCCGCCCUGCGCUUCAACAGCUCCAGCGUCCAGUGCCAGAACAGCUCGUACCUCUAUGAUGGGAUGGACAUCAGCAACUUGGCCGUGGACUUUGCCGUGGUUUGGAAUGGGAACUUUGUUAUUGACAACCCGGAGGAUCUGAAAGUGCACCUGUACAAGUGCGCGGCCCAGCGCGAGAGCUGCGGGCUCUGCCUCAAGGCUGACCCCAAAUUCGAGUGUGGCUGGUGCAGUGGGGAGGCCAAGUGCACCCUGAGGCCCCACUGCAGCUCCCCCUCGGCCCAGCCCUGGCUCGACUGGUCCAGCCGCAACGUCAAGUGCUCCAACCCCCGGAUCACCGAGAUCCUGACGGUGUCGGGCCCACCGGAAGGAGGGACGAGGGUGACCAUCCGUGGAGUGAACCUGGGCCUGGACUUCUCGGAGAUCGCGCACGGGGUGCAGGUGGCCGGGGUGCCCUGCGCGCCCCUGCCCGAGCACUACAUCGUGGCGGAGCAGAUCGUCUGUGAAAUGGGGCAGGCGCUUCCAGGGAUCAGCUCCGGCCCAGUGCUCCUGUGCAUCGGAGAGUGCAAGCCGGAGUUCACGGCCAAGUCGGUGCAGCAGUACAUGUUUGUGACUCCAGUGGUGAGUUUCCUGAAUCCCAGCCGUGGGCCAGAGUCGGGAGGGACGAUGGUGACCAUCUCUGGGCACUACCUGGGAGCUGGCAGCCGUGUUUCUGUGCUCCUGGGAAACCAGACCUGCGAGUUCUACGGGCGAUCCACGAGCGAGAUAGUCUGUGUGUCAGCCCCAUCAGCCCACGGCCUGGGGGCUGUCCAGGUCUCUGUCAGCGUGGACAGGGCUCAGUUGGAGAGGACCUUGCAGUUUGAGUACAUUGAUGAUCCCAAGGUGCAGCACAUCGAGCCCGAGUGGAGCAUCGCCAGCGGGCACACCCCCCUGACUGUCACCGGCUCCAACCUGGACGUGAUCCAGGAGCCGAGGAUCCGCGUCAAGUACAAUGGGAAGGAGUUUGUCAACGUGUGCAAGGUGGUGAACUCCACGGUGCUGCUGUGCCUCGCUCCCCCCCUCAGCCCCGAGUACCGGCCCGGCCUGGACGCCGUGGAGCGGCCGGACGAGUUCGGGUUCAUCUUCAACAACGUGCAGGCCCUGCUGGUCUACAACGACACCAAGUUCAUCUACUACCCCAACCCCACGUUCGAAAUGCUGAGCCCCACCGGGGUGCUGGAGCAGAAGCCGGGGUCACCCAUCAUCCUGAAGGGCAGAAACCUGUGCCCGCCUGCCCCGGGAGGAGCCAAGCUCAACUACACCGUGCUGAUCGGGGAAACCCCCUGUGCUGUCACUGUGUCCGAGACCCAGCUGCUGUGUGAGCCCCCAAACCUCACUGGACAGCACAAAGUCAUGGUGCGUGUUGGUGGGGUCAUCUUCUCCCCUGGCUCGGUGAGCAUCAUCUCAGACAGCCUCCUGACCCUGCCGGCCAUCGUCAGCAUCGCGGCCGGGGGCAGCCUGCUCCUCAUCAUCGUCAUCAUCGUCCUCAUCGCCUACAAGCGCAAGUCCCGCGAGAACGACCUCACCCUCAAGAGGCUGCAGAUGCAGAUGGACAACCUGGAGUCCCGGGUGGCCCUGGAGUGCAAGGAGGCUUUUGCAGAGCUGCAGACGGACAUCAAUGAGUUGACCAGUGACCUGGAUCGCUCCGGGAUCCCCUACCUGGACUAUCGGACUUAUGCCAUGAGGGUCCUUUUCCCUGGCAUCGAGGACCACCCUGUCCUGCGGGAGCUGGAGGUCCAAGGGAACGGGCAGCAGAGCGUGGAGAAGGCCUUGAAGCUCUUUGCUCAGCUGAUCAACAACAAAGUCUUCCUGCUGACCUUCAUCCGGACGCUGGAGCUGCAGCGCAGCUUCUCCAUGCGCGACCGCGGCAACGUGGCCUCGCUCAUCAUGACGGGGCUGCAGGGCAAGCUGGAGUAUGCCACGGACGUGCUGAAGCAGCUGCUCUCCGACCUCAUCGAGAAGAACCUGGAAAACAAGAACCAUCCCAAGCUGCUCCUGCGCAGGACCGAGUCGGUGGCUGAGAAGAUGCUGACAAACUGGUUUGCCUUCCUCCUCCACAAGUUCCUCAAGGAAUGUGCUGGAGAGCCACUCUUCAUGCUCUACUGUGCCAUCAAGCAGCAGAUGGAGAAAGGCCCCAUUGAUGCCAUCACAGGAGAAGCCCGUUACUCCCUCAGCGAGGACAAGCUGAUCCGGCAGCAGAUCGAGUACAAGACUCUGAUCCUAAACUGUGUGAACCCAGAUAAUGAGAACAGUCCAGAGAUCCCUGUGAAGGUGCUGAACUGUGACACCAUCACCCAAGUCAAGGAGAAGAUCCUCGAUGCCGUGUACAAAAACGUCCCGUAUUCCCAAAGACCAAGGGCUGUGGACAUGGAUUUGGAGUGGCGGCAGGGCCGGAUCGCCCGCGUGGUCCUGCAGGAUGAAGACAUCACCACCAAGAUCGAGGGAGAUUGGAAGCGCCUGAACACCUUGAUGCACUAUCAGGUGUCCGACCGCUCAGUCGUGGCUCUCGUUCCCAAGCAAACCUCCUCCUACAAUAUUCCUGCCUCUGCCAGUAUAUCCCGGACAUCUAUCAGCAGAUAUGACUCCACCUUCCGCUACACCGGCAGCCCCGACAGCCUGCGCUCCCGGGCCCCCAUGAUCACCCCCGACCUGGAGAGCGGGGUCAAGGUCUGGCACCUGGUCAAAAACCACGACCAUGGAGACCAGAAGGAGGGAGACCGGGGCAGUAAGAUGGUGUCUGAGAUCUACCUGACCAGGCUGUUGGCCACAAAGGGAACUCUGCAGAAGUUCGUGGACGACUUGUUCGAGACGCUGUUCAGCACCGUGCACCGCGGCAGCGCGCUCCCGCUCGCCAUCAAGUACAUGUUCGAUUUCCUGGAUGAGCAGGCGGACAAGCACGGCAUCCACGACACGGAUGUGAGGCACACAUGGAAGAGCAAUUGCCUCCCCCUCCGAUUCUGGGUGAACGUAAUCAAAAACCCCCAGUUCGUGUUCGACAUCCACAAGGGCAGCAUCACGGACGCCUGCCUCUCCGUCGUGGCUCAGACCUUCAUGGAUUCCUGCUCCACCUCGGAGCACCGCCUGGGCAAGGACUCCCCCUCCAACAAGCUGCUGUACGCCAAGGACAUCCCCAGCUACAAGAGCUGGGUGGAGAGGUAUUACGCCGACAUCGCCAAGCUCCCCGCCAUCAGCGACCAGGACAUGAACGCCUACCUCGCCGAGCAGUCGCGCCUGCACGCCGUGGAGUUCAACAUGCUGAGUGCCCUCAACGAGAUCUACUCCUAUGUCAGCAAGUACAGCGAAGAGCUCAUCGGGGCUCUGGAGCAGGAUGAACAGGCACGUAGGCAGCGGCUGGCUUACAAAGUAGAGCAACUUAUUGGGGCCAUGUCUAUUGAGAGCUGAAGAAAGGUCGUGGUGCUCAAGGCCGGCAAAGGGCAGAGGAUCACGUGGACUCUCGGGAAUUUAGAGGGAGAACAAGCAAGGAAGGCACUGGACACAAAUACCAAGGCUCUUCUGGAGCAAACAGAGAUUGGCCCAAGGACUGACUGUGUUCAAAAAUCACGUAGGAACCGGUUUGAAAAGCAGGAAGAGAAGAAGAUAAAACAUCUCAAUCCAAGUCCGAUCAAGGUGGAUCAUUUUUUCGAGCAUACACAGAAAGAAGGAACCUGGAAAGUCUGGAUGUCUCCGUGACUGCUGCUUUGCAUGAAAAUUGUUUGAUGUAUAUUAGAAAAUAAAACUUUAUUUAAAGGCUUUUUUUUUUUUUAAGAAAAGGAAGAAAAAGUACAAAAAAAAAAAAGAAAAUAGAGCAAAAACCACAGAGGCCAUAGAGAUAAUCCUGGCAACAAGGAUCAGCUCUGAAUCCUGUCCUCGAGAGCCUCCUGAGGACACGGCUCAGACAUUCUGCAAACGGACUCUCACACCAGUUGGAAUGUCUGGAAAACCGAAAUCGUCUUCUUUUUGGGAUCUUAUAAAACAACGUGAGCACAAGUUUGCACCACACCUUUCUACACAAAGUGAAAUAGCAGUUUAGCCCGAAAAUAGUUCAGUGGCUGAGUAACUUAUAGGCACUAGAAGGAACUUUACCUGAAUUGCAAAACCAUCAGAUCAUCCGACCUGUCCUGAAAUCCAGCUUUAUCGAUGUAUUUAUAUAGUGUCAAUAUAUAUAUUUUUUUUAAAUCCCAUUUGCUGUCGAACGAGGAAAGAUCGGAAUUUAAAUGCUUUUUUCCCAUUUCUACCCCCAUUCCACCUCGCAGUGGCUGCGGUGAUCCAGCAGGGAUGGGCUCAGCGCCUGGCUGUGGUGAUCCAGCAGUGAUCUGGCAGUGUCCAGCGUGGCUGGGAUGAUCCAGCAGUGAUCCACUCAGUGCCUGGCAUGGCUGUGGUGAUCCAGCACUGAUCCACUCAGUGCCUGGCAUGGCUGUGGUGAUCCAGCAGUGAUCUGGCAGUGUCCAGCAUGGCUGGGAUGAUCCAGCAGUGAUCCACUCAGUGCCUGGCAUGGCCACAGUGAUCCAGCAGUGAUCUGGCAGUGUCCAGCAUGGCUGAGGUGAUCCAGCAGUGACCCAUCCAGUAUCCCAUUGCUGGUCCCACGUGAGCCCAGCCCCCCCGGGCAGAGCUGGGAUGAUGCCUCCAGGGUUGAUUUUGGGGGUUUCUUGCAGCCACCUCCCAUUUCUUGCAGUAAAACCCGACAAACCCCCAUGUUUACAGUGGGUGAUACUUGAAAAGCCUGGACGUCACGAGAGGAGACAUUUGUUGCUCUUCUGUUUGGAGUCGGUCGGCACAGGCUCCCUUUGGGUUUCUCUGCCACACUGCCCAGGGUCAGGACUUGUAUUUCCACUGGAAAGGGGAAAGAAAUCUCUGCUCUAGGCAAGGGCAAACCUUAACCAGCACCCGCAGGCCAGCCAGCGCUGCUGUCGUGUCUCUGUCUCAGCGUCUCAUUGUUCUCUUCAGUCCCUUGCUGGUCCCCCCAGCACGUGUUCUUGUGGCCAGUGACAGGCAAAUGUUUGUGAGUGUUAUUCCUUUCAAAGACACCAAAGCUUAUGUGUGUCCCUUUGUAGAGUGCCAGGAGGGGAAGGAACGCUGUAAAUAUUUCUCUCUGUAGUAAAUACUGAUAUGUGUGCAGGCUGCAGCGGGGAGGGCAGGGUGAGGAGGUCUGAUGGAAAUACAAGUAUUGACUGCAUGAGCUUGGCAGUGGCACCAAAAUAGCUCCUGGCAUCUGCUCAGCCUGCCCGGGCAGGGCCACACCAGACUGGGACCUUAGUUUGCAGCCAGCGUGUGUCGAAGGAAAAUCCAUUUUCAUAUCCAUCCCACUCCUCCACUGUUCCUGCCUAGAGGAGCCCAGCAGGGUCACCACGGGCUCCCUGGGCACCAGAGAGCUGCUGGCUUUCGGUCUCUUGCAGUUCAGCAAGAGGAGAGGGGAGAAAAGCAUGCAGAGAAAUACUCAGGAAACCUGUUGGUUUAAUUACCAUUCAGUAAAAGCCAUGCCAAGCCCGCUUUCUUUUGGCAAAAUCCACUCCUGUGAGUUUCUCUGGGCCCUGUUAAUAUUCUGGAAGAAAAUACUGAUGACAGUGAUCAACCUUGUGCAAUAAGUCCUUGACAUUUACAAUGGCCUGAGCACUGGAUUUACUGAGACACGGAGAGAGUGUCAGAAACAGAGACUGCCAGGCGGAGCAGGGUUCAUACUGCCUGUUACUGGGGAGUUCCCUUCCCAGGAAUCCUGCUCCUGCACAGUGAAUCUAACGUCAAAGGCAGAAAAUGUGCAAAUGUCUGGGUUGUCCUGUUGGGCAUCACAGAGCCCAGCGCCGGGGAUGGCGUUGGAGCAGCCACCAGCCUGGCCUGCUCUUUGCUGUGGGUCUCACAGGACAUUGCAGAGGGUCAGGCUUUGAAAUCCUGGGGGUUUUUUGCUGGUUCUGUUGCUGCUGCUCACCGGGAUCCACCACACAGCUCAGCUGAGGGAUUUCCAGGUCUGUGUGCCAGCUGUGAUGGUUGUUUUGGGCAUUCGUACUCAGAUCAUUCACCAAAUUGUCAUGGUACUCUGAAACCCAAAGAGAGCAACUCCAAAUAGUUCCCAAACUGUUUCCAAACACAGUCUGAACAAUUAUCUCUGCAGGAUUCACAAAAUAUGAGUACUGCCCAAAGCAGAGGCCUGGCUUUGCAUCACCUGGGUCUGGGAACUGUGUGCCUGCCCAACAGCCAAGCCAGCCUUCAUGGUCCUCUUCUCUACAUCUCUUUGAGAGGCUUUUGCAUAGCCAUUUUAAGCUUGCUUUCCUCCUCCUGCUCUCUACCUUCUGGCCAGGAGCACCCCAUAAGCCAAGGUUUUGUCAUUCCCCACUCCCCUGUAUUUUCUCAGCAGAGGUGGAGGUCCCCAAACAUCCCCUGGAUUCUCUGGGAGAGUACUAAGGAGAGAAGGGGACAACUGAGUUGAUCUUCCUUGCUAUGGGGAAAAUUUGAGCAGAGGAGAAAAGGGAGAGCAGCAGGAGCACUUUGCAAACCAAUGAGUUCUUGUACUUUUGACUGACUUCUGAGGGAAGCAGAAAAAACAUCUCCACUUCCAUCACCUGGAAAAGCAUUAGGAGGACAGCAGAGGGAACAGCACGGUGCUGGCUGGAAGGGUGGCCUAGAAAUAACCUGCCAAGUAUCUACUCGUGGUGGUUGACAUUAAUUAUGGAUCUUUACAGGCAAUUAUAUGGAAUGAAGCAACAUAUCCCCUUGGGGCAAAGCACUUGUAAUCUAUUGCCCUGUUUGCAUCCAUCAUUUCCAUUACUCCUUUGGGAAGAGGAAGCUUCAGGUCUCAAAACAGCAUUUCCUUUGCACUUGCAGCAAACCGGACUCGAGGUUUGGUCAGGAGGGGGCAGUUGCCUUAGAUGAAACGAUUUCACAUCCCUCUCGUUGCCCCCUUCCUCCUGCAAGGUCGGUUGGUGUUCAGAGUCUCCAGUUCACUUCGUUUCAGGUGUUCCAACAUCAAAGUGGGAGACGUCAUUUUUUCCGGAAUCUCUCUGCCUGGUGUCGCCGCUUAAAUAAUUCCAUUUAAUCUUCUGCUCAUGAGCUAUCAAAGCACCCACUCCGAGGGGGAGCGAGGUGCUAAUCAAACGCUUCUCCACCUUGAAAGCCUUUAUUAAAAACCCCAUAUACAGGAGUGUAACUUACAGGCGAGCUUGUCUCGGCGUGAGCCCCGCUGCGGAGCGCUGCAGCCCACCGGAGCACGGAGGAUGUGGACAUCAAGUGGUCCACGCUUUGCCAUAAAGGAUGAAUUUAUGUGUAAAGGGAGGCAGGAGGGAUCAGCACAGCCAGAGCGCUGGAAACCGUGUGAGAUCCAGCGUGGACCAGUCUGGAGCUGCGUGAGGACCCACCCCAGGGACCAGCGCUGAGAAACAAAACUGCUGCCACGGCCUCGCUGCUGGUGGGGAGCAUCCCAGCAGCAUUCCAUGUGUUUAUCCCUGAAGGAGGCUGGAUGUGGCCGUGCUGGACAUGAUGCCUUCCUGCAGGUCUCGGUGCUGUGACACUCUGAGGAUGGUGAGUGCAGCCACCUGAUGCGGUGGCAACAGAGACCUUCAUCACAGCAGUGCCUUCAACACACUGUCUUAAAAUCCUGAUGGCCCGUCCCCACGUAAGUUUUCUCUCCUGCCUUCAACUGGACUUCACCAAAAAUGUCAUAAUGCAGGAAACAACUCGGGUGGGCACGUGGAGGAUGAAAGCAAGAGCACUUAAAGCUCUGGGGCUGCGUUUGUGAAUGAUGCUGACUCUGAGCCCCUCAGCGCAAGUUGUUUGAGCCUGUGUGGAAAGGGUGGGAGCACUCCCCUCCUCCAGUGGGCACAAGGUCUCAUUUCCGGAAGCCCCAAGCAGCCAGUGGGUAUGAGGAACACUGACCUGCCUGCUGCCCUCACCCAGCUUGGCAAAGGGCAGAGCAGCUCCCUGUGAUGCUCCUGUGCCUCGAGCCCCUUCCCUGGCAGCAGCCCAGCCACGUUCUCUCCUGUCACUGGCUCUUCUCCAUCCAGUUUCCUGUGCUGUCAGAGCUCACCUGUCAUGGGGACUCAGCUGGCCCAACUAAAUGGAACUAAAAUAGACUGACUUGAAAAAGCUGGGCCAUCAGGGAGAGCUCACGUGUGACUGUGCCCUGGAGAGAAGAAAAAAUGUUCAGAGAAGGGUAAAUAACUGGCAUCAAAGAUGCAUUAAAAUGCCACAGAGCUUCAGCCAUUGUAUUUCAGAGCCACAUUUGUACCAUAAAUCGCAAGCCAGUGGUGCAGGGAGCUGUGACAUUGUACAUAGUUGUGUGUGAGGUGGAGCUCGGAGCACAGUCCCAUCUGUCCUGAAUGUGUCUUUGGUGAAAACACCCACAACCACCCCAAGCCUUCACCCAGUACCACUGAGAGCAGCAGGGCAGAGGCUGCAGGCAGAGCACUGCUGACAGCUCUGAGGCCACUCAGCACCUGCGUGGGCAGGAGGGCUUGGUUUUAUUAACGAGACAUUCGGUGGGGAAAUAACUGGAGCGAACAAUGCCCCGUGUGUGCUGUUCGGGCUCUGCUGAGCUGAGCAACCCUCCGUGUGCAGUGUCAGGGGAGGUUGGUCAGAUUAGUUUUGCAGGGGAGGAGGAUGGGAGCCUUCAAACUGAUUUUGGUUGUGCAAAGCCUCUGCUCUCCAUGAAAAGCCCCGGCUUCAGGCGGUGCUCCAGUUCUGGGCAUGGCGCAGAGGCCGGAGUCCCAACUGCGGGUGGUACCUGGUGCCUUCCUGGCUCCUGGAAGAAAACUGGGGGUCUGUGGUGCAUAUCCUGCACCCCAGGGUGCUUUGAGUGCUGGGGCCAUGUCAGGGUGGGAGAUGGGGAGGUGAAGGAGCGGGGCAGUGUGGGAUGGCAGAGCCCAACUGCUCCCUUGCUGGAAAAGUCACUCCAGUCCCACCUGGGCAUCUGUGCCCACAUUGCUGGGGUGGCACCAGGAGCAGCCCAACCGAAGGUGUUCUGGCCAUGCUGUGAGCAUGGUGGUGUCUGUGUGCUUGUUCUUUCAGAUCCCCCUUUGCCCCCGUGUUACCCAUUCCUCUCCUUUCUUUGUAAAAGUGGAAUAUAAUCCCAAAAAAAAAAAAAAAUAGACGUUCCUGCAGCGCCGAAGAACACGCUCAAAGAGACCUGCAGGGUCCAUCCAACUGCACGGACAAUAUCCCAAACUCUCUGGGCCUCCUGAGGCUGCCAAAUCAAACACGAGAUCUCCUGUAUGGCCUUUCCUUUGAGAUUUUUUUUUUAAUACCUCUAUUUCGAAUAAGCUUGGAAGUUUAUGCAACAGCUUCUCCAUCCAGUGUUUCCAUCCCAUGGACACAAAGGUGCACCUGGAAAAGGAGACUUUGGAAGGUAAAUGAGCUGAUUUUGCCACGUUAUUUCAUGGCUUCAGAAGAUAAUGCAGUAAAAUGUCCUUCUCUUAUUGAUGAGUGUUUUGGUGUUAAUGGCACCUUGGGGGCUGUUACGGUGGGAAGCAGGAAGGGGAAGGGAAUGUACAGGUACUAAAGCUUCUGGAGUCCCCAAAACCAUCACAGAAUGUAGAGGUAUCAGCCAUGGAACAGAUUCUGAUUUACUCUGCCCCCUUCCCCUCUUUAAAACCAACAGAGUUUUAGGGGAUUUGUGUAUUGGCAGAAAUAAGGAAUUGGUUUGGAUCCGUACCCAUUCCACCGUAUCGUUCUCUGGCUCCUCCCCUCCCCAUUAUACUUGACACACUGGAGUUCUGUAUUAUAUUUUUUUUUAAGAUGAUUGUCUGUUUUUUGUUGUUUUUACAAGUGUUGUGGAAAAAAAAAUGUAAGAAAGUUUAAGUAUUUAAAAAUGUUCCAAGGAAAAAAAAAGGGGGUUUUGUUAUUAUUCUAAUAUAUUAUUGUGUACCUAUUGUAAAUAUGAAACACUCCUAUUUUGCAAGCCAAGGACUCACUUUGUACUGUUGUUAUAUAUAAAUAAAGUUUACUGGUUAAAAAAGCC